AUGGAAUGCACACCAGAUCAGAAGGUUCGGUAUGGGAUUCAUAUGCUAUCAGUUGAGGUUGAUGACUGGUGGCUAGAGACUCGCCAGAGGUUGGAGGUUAUUUGUGAGAAGAUCACUUGGGUUGUGUUCCGUAGGUAUUUUUUGAGGAUGUACUUUCCCGAGGACGUCUGUGGAAAGAAGGAAAUCAAAUUCCUUGAGGUAAGGCAAGGAAAUAAGUCGGUUAUGGAGUAUGCUACUAAGUUUGGAGAGUUGGCUAAGUUUUACCAACACUGUGAUGGACCAACUGGUGAAUUUUUGAAGUGCAUCAAGAAAGUGGUUAGUUACCAGAAGAUUCGUGUCUUUGCUGAUUUGGUUGAUAGUUUUCGAAUUUAUGAGGAGGGCAACAAUGCUCAUUAUCGAGUUAUUAAUGAGAAGAAGGGCAAGAGUCAACAAGGUCGUGGCAAGCCUUAUGAUGCUCCAAUUGGCAAGGGUAAGCUGAAAGCUAAUGAGGGCAAGAGAACUAGUGGGGGAGAUGCUCUUGCUGGUAUUGUGUGCUUCAAGUAUGGCAAGACUGGUCACAAGAGCACUGUGUGUACUGUUGAUGCGACGAGGUGUUUCCAUUGUGGGAAGUUUGGACAUGCGGCGUCUGAAUGCCAGCAUAAGCAGAUGGUGUGUUUCAACUCUGGUGAAGAGGGGCAUAUUGGAAGCAAGUGA